AAACUUAAAGACUAAUUUAUAUUUGUAGAGAUAGCUCAUUUUCCGAGGCGAAUGCGUUAUUAUUAGACGUUAUUUCAACAACAAUGUUAAUUACUUUGAUGUCAGUUCCUCGAUCAAUUAAUGCACUUGUGAGUCGACCGUAGUAAUGUGUACCAGUGAAUAAUUGCCGUAAUUGUAAUCUAUAUUAUUGAAUUUAGGGUGUGCAGAUUGUACUUAUAACGUAAUCAUCGUAAAGAUAUAGCUAUUGCAAAUCAUAUAUAUUUUCUAAAGACACGAUAUAUUCACCGAAAGAGCCUGUUUUAAUAACAUCACGCGUAGAAGCGAUAAAUUUCAGUAAUCGCGACGGCUUUCUUCCGCUGCUACAGUUUACUAUAGUAAACUGUACAAUUGCGCACGCAUUAAAAUGUGUCGACCGAUAUGCUGUUGUAAAUGGUUGAUCCUAUGAUAAACUGAAUAACCAUCCACGCGACUUAUCAACUAAUCAAUAACUUAUCAAUGCUAUUUGCUAUUAGCUCUCGUGAAUACGUAUAUAAUGUAUGUAACGUCCAAUUAAUUCCGCCGCAAUUUUAAUACAAGAGAUUUUUAAUACAAGAGAUUAGGUAAUUUUAACAGUUUCAUAUAAAAAAUUGUCUCAUGAAAUUUCACAAUCAAUGUAGAACAUGAAAGUGCACGUAUAACCGAUGCAUUAAGGUGCUCUAUAAUGUUUAAUGUACAUAUAAUAUUUCCACAUUCGGUUCUGAAUGUUGUGAAAAUCUUGAAAAUUUUCAAGAUGAGUCUGUAUUCAUCGCGCUUCAUCAUUGCGCUUCUCGGAAAGUUAAUUUAUAUUUUCAUUAUCGAUGUAUAUAUUGACUUCCUCUCAUACCAAAAAAACAACAAAAUCGUACGGCCAAAAUUGGACGUUAUUUCGUGACUUUCGUCGAGCACUGUUAGAGAAACAUCAUUACUUAACUGAGUCACGUAGCUUGCGAGCUGGCGUAAAUUACGCGUUUUCGAUCACUUUGUCAUUGGUGCAUCCAUGUAUCAAUGCUGAAGAUGCCACGCCAGGCCAGCUAGGGAAGACAGAAGUCCACGAUGGGGCCGAGCAAGCCAGGAGUACGCCGACGCCGAGCCGAUGUAAAACAUCGGUGUUAUUAUCGCAUGGACAGUCCGUUCGCGACGAGCCGCGCACGAUCAACGGCGACGAGGGUGGCGCGAAAAUUGGCCAGGAGAGCACACAGAGCGUGAAGAUGGUGAAUAUAAAGAAACUCGGAAUCGGUGGUGGCGUUAUGUUCGUCGUUGGCAUUCUCUUCGGUUUCGUAGGGUUCCCUGCGCUGCUCCGCUCGCAAAUCAAGAAGGCAAUCGCGUUAAAGCCGGGCAGCGAAAUUCGCGGGAUGUGGACGAGUUUCCCGCUACCGUUGGACUUCAAGGUCUACCUAUUUAAUGUAACCAACGCCGAUGAAAUCAUGCAAGGUGGCAAGCCGAAACUGAACGAAAUAGGGCCGUUCUUUUAUGAUGAAUACAAAAUGAAGGUGGACCUCAUAGAUCGGGAAGACGAUGACAGCGUAGAAUAUAGCUUGAAAUCGGAGUGGUAUUUUAACAAGAAGAAGAGUAACGGUCUGACAGGAGACGAGGACAUGGUGUUCCCUCAUCUUAUGAUCCUCGGCAUGGUGAUGGCUACUCUCAGGGACAAGCCCGCUGCUGUCGGGGUGGUCGGAAAGGCAGUAAACAGCAUCUUCCAUAACCCGGAUUCGAUAUUCGUGAAGGCCAAGGCGAAGGAUAUACUCUUUGACGGUUUGCCGGUCGACUGCACGGUGACGGACUUCGCCGGCACGGCGGUGUGCAACGUAUUGAAGACGGAGGCGAAGGACUUGAUGCCGGACGGUGAAAAUCGCUACAAGUUUUCCCUCUUCGGUGGGAAAAACGGCACCAUCGUGCCAGAACGUAUGCGAGUCCUGCGCGGCAUCAAGAAUUUCAAAGACGUCGGUCGUGUCUUGGAGUUUAACGGUAAGCCCGCGCUAGACAUCUGGCCAGAGGAUCACUGCAACGCUUUCAACGGUACCGACUCGACGAUCUUCCCACCUCUAUUUGGACCGGACGACGACAUCGUCUCAUUCGGCUAUGAAAUCUGUCGGAGUCUUAGCGCGCAUUACAGUCAUCGCACUAAAGUCAAAGGUGUCAACACUCUUCGUUAUACUGCGAAUCUUGGUGAUACGAGUAAAAACGAGAUGGAGAAGUGUUUCUGUCCGACACCGGAAACCUGUCUAACAAGGAAUCUCUACGACAUGACGAAGUGCCUAGGGGUUCCCAUUAUUGGUUCUCUACCGCACUUUUACGAUUCUGAGGAGAAGUGGUUGCAGAUGGUAGAUGGCUUGCAUCCUAACCAGAAAGAUCAUGAGAUCGAUAUGGAUUUCGAGCCGAUGACAGCUACCCCGAUAAGCGCACACAAGAGGCUGCAGUUCAAUAUGUUCAUACACCCAGUGCCGAAAUUCAAGCUGAUGAAGAACUUCCCGGAAGCGUUACUGCCUCUGUUCUGGGUAGAAGAAGGGAUACUUCUCGAUGACCAAUUCGUCAAUAAAGUGAAGGUGGUGUUCAAGGCAAUAAUGGCUGUCAACUUUAUAAAGUGGCUAAUGAUACUCGGCGGAAUAGGAAUGGGCGGCGCGGCUGGCAUAUUGUAUUACAAGAAUCGUGACUCUGGUAAACUCGAAGUCACAAAGGUUACCCCGAAGAGCGGCAGCAGUACAGACAGCAAAAUGAAGGAUAAGAGUGCCUGGCCACCCGGCAUGAACAUUAGCACGAUACAAGCGGCGUCGGUGCCAUCCAGCCUCGAUAGAAAUUGAAAUGCUUUCAGCGGCAGGUUAAUAUCAGUAUUAACAUCGCGAGGGUUUAUCCCUACAGGCUCGAAGAUUUUUUUAUUAGAAAUAUUGUAAAUUGUAUGAUAUUUUACGAAAUAUUGUACGAUAAAUACAAUAUACAACGAUAAUACGUAAUCGGUGAGCUGAGUCCUAAAUAGCAAGGUGAUGUUAAGUAUUAAGACGUGACCUUACUACUUAAAGUACGACAGCGAUUUAAUAACGCAUUUUUCGUAACUUUGGAAAAUGGAUCUUAAAGUGAAGAAUAUUAGUUGUAUUAAUUUCUUCAUUUAUUCUUAAAAAAGAGAGAAGAUUAUAUCGUUGUUAUGCGAAAUCCUUUUAUUAAAUGAUGAUUUCUCUGAAAUUUAUGAAGAAUCAAUUUAUAAAAUUACCAAUAACGAUACAAAAGAAGAAAUAAUUGAGUCUUAUUCCUUCUUAGUAAAGAAAGAAAAUAUUAAAUAUAUUACGAUGUUAUAUGUAAUGACAAUGUAACUGAAUACAAUUGAUAUUUCAAACCAGCAGAAAAAUAGAUAAAUUUAUAAUUGCCUAAAAAAA